AUGUAUCGCUCAACUCAACUUGCACGGUCUGCAACGCGUCAUAUUCGCAAGGUACCAACACCGCGAAGACCAUACAGUUCAGCCCUUGAUCCAGUUGGCUUGACACCCAAGGAAGACUUGAUGUUAGACGCCACAGCUUGGUUUGUGGCCUUGGCACUCGUCUACUCGCCCAAGCGGAAUUUUGAUGGUGCAGAUUUUCAGAACACAGGCAGGCUUCAAGAUAAGGCAGAUAGCCGGAGAGAAGUAUACUACGAAAUUAGACACUGGAAAAUGGACACAACACCAAAAGUGAUGAUGGCUCAAAUCAACAACCAAGGCAAAUGA